CCCCCCCCCCCUUUACCCAAAAAGGGGGGAAAAAAAAUAGAAAACAAAAAACAAAAAAUAAGAAAACAAUAUUUCUGUUGGUUAUACUGGAUUGAUCAGAUGCCUGUUUAUACAAGUAAGCCCUGUUUAUACAAUAAUUUUGAAAACAAUUGGACCCUAGAAAAUACAAAAAAGUUCAAUAUGUGGUGGGAGAUAUAUGGUUGACAAGAACCAGGAAAAUUGGUACUUGGUAGGUCUAUAUUGUUAUAAUACCAAAGCUUAUAAGAUCAACAAUGAAGAGAAGAGACGAAGAUAAAGAAGAAGGAAUCCUACUAAGAGUCUAAGACUAAUUACAAUAGAAAAGCAUAGCUACCUAAAUCUAAUUACAAUAGGAAAUAGCUAUCCAUAGCCUAUCCAUCCAGUGGCUAGAAUGGCCGAGGCUUUUUUCACCUCGCAAAAAACUAUGACACAUGGAUUUGGACAAAUUCAGAAAUCUUGGGUUGAUUCCUCUCAAUAUAUUCCCCUAAAAAAACAAAAGAAAAAAAAAAUUCAAGAAAAUCCAAACAAAUUUAAUGAUAGAAAGAAAAAUUUAGAGUCUUGUUUAGUCCACUAACUAAACAAUUUGAAUGAAAUUACUGAGGAAAGAACAGAGAAAUAGAAGAGAAAUAACUAUAGAAUCCAUUGCUGAAUUUAGUGAAAUAGAACCUGAAUCUUGAAUUAAUCCCCUUAGUGCAAAAAAGAGCAGUAGAGAUAGAGAGAGAUAGAGAGAGAAAGGAACCAUGCAAGAGCAGUAUUUAUAACGUUAUAGUAACCAUGGUUAACACAUUAAGCAAACAUGGAUGAACGUUAAAGUAAUAGAUUAAAGAUGAAACUGAUGAACUCCAUCGACACACGAUUACUGAAAGGUGGUUUUCGUGAAAUUUGCUAAGGAAUAGCUGUGGGGGAAGCAGGUCACACAAAUCACAGCUGGUAGAGGAUACGUUCAGGAGAAUGUAUAGAGAGAGAAAGUUUGUGGGUCAUUUUUCAUUACCAACCCAAUGAUUGAUCCUAAAUUGCUAAUAGUGUGUCAUCAUUUUGACUGACCUGAGAGCAUUUAAGCACCAUUUCAUAAAAUAAACAAAAAAAAAGUAAUACACAACAAAAUAUGAAGGUUAUUCAUCCCCAAACGCCAACAAAUGCCCAAAACCCUAGAUUUGUCCCCUAAACAUAGAAGAUAUCAGGAAUCAGAUGAGGGUUUCAGAUGGGCGUUCACUUAUAAAGGUUCGUCGGCGUGAAUCGAUGUGAAUAUGAGCCUCGUCGGAGUUGUAUGGCUUCUUCUCCACCUAAGUUUGCUUGCAGAGGGGCGAUUUGCAGAGGUCUCGCCUCCACCUUCUCCAAUAGUUAUGUUUUAGGGAUUUGAUUUGAGUGGUUUGGGUAUAUGAGUAUAAAAGGGUAUAAUGGUCCUCUAAUAUUAAGACUAUCUCUACUAAAGGGGUAAUACAGUCUUUUGUUGUAUAAAAGUAAUAGCAUACUCACAGUCAAUGUUAGGGGAGGGAGCGUAAAUCGUUCAAACCCUUGGACCCACAAGUAGUUUCAGCAAACUACAAGGGAAGGGGCAUAAUUUUCCCAAAAAAGAAGAAGAAGAAGAAGACGUAUUAACCUAGGGGUGUCAAUUCCAAGCCUGCACUGGUAGGCCCGACUGAGCCCGACAUGUUUAUGGCCCGACUUGGACCGGCCCGAUUAAUAAACGUGUUGGGCCUAAGCCCGGCAUGCUAUUAAUAGGUAGUACACGGUGCAAGGGGUAAGCCCGAUGGGCCUCCCGACCGGCCCAUUUACAAGCCCGACUCGGAUCGACACGUUUAGCACGACCAUUUAUAUAGGUAUUUUGAUUUUUUUUUUUUAAAGGAUAGAAUAUGGUAUAUAUUGAUAUCUUUAUCAAUUAUUGAAUAUAAUUAAGUGUAAUAUCUUUUCAAAAUUGUUGAUGAUUUGAUAAAAUAAAUUAAAAUAUCUUAAACCUAAGAAAAGUAAAGACUGUUUAAAGCCCGUUUAUGGCUUUAUUGGUACAUUACCCCAUUUAAGGCCCAAUUAUAGCUUGAUUAAGAUAAGCCCGAUUAAAGCCCGGAACCCGACUAAGCCCGACCCAAGACCAACUCAUUUCUUAAAUAGAUAGGUCAUGGUCUGAGGACAUAAGCCCGAUUAGGCCUGACCAAGACCGGCCCGGCCCGACCGAUUGACAUCCCUAUAUUAACCCACACCCUCUUUGUUUGAUGGAAAAAAGUGAGAAGGGAAUAAAAGGGUGUAAUACUUUGAAGGUUUUCUAUAAAAUUUUAAAAAUCAAAGUCGUAUGUUUACAUGUGGUGAUAAAGUAAUAUACAAUAUGCAUUGAAUAUUUUGUCUAUUAAUAUGGCAAGGGAAUUAUUUCAUAAACUCCUUUUCAAAGUCUUAUCAUAUUAAGUAGAAUUUUAUGUUAUUUUAUGGGGAAAAAAUGCUCCUUGGUCAUGUAGUCCAUCAAUGAGCGGGUGCACAUGGGCAUCAACAAGGGUGAACGCAUCAUUUUGCCCUCUUGAAGUCUAAGUGCAGAAAUUAAUUUCAUGACUAGGAAGCGUUCUUUUUGCCUUUAUUUAUUAUUCCAGCUCAUCCUUUUCUACCUUUUUCUUUUUUUGCCUUUGUUUUCCCUUCACCCCAUUACAUAUCGAGUCCGAAUCAGGUCCUCGUACAAGAACCAUUCAUUCUUAUACGGUUGGAAUUCACUUAAUCUCUCUUUUCUUACAAUAGGCCGAGAGUUUGAAUGGAUUCCAGCUGUGAAACAGGUAUGAGAACCUGAUCCAAAAACUCUUACAUGUGAUGCUCGUGACUUUCUCUUUCCCCCCUGCUUCUACACACGAAGAAAGUCCAACUCCUCUCCUCACAUGAUAUUGCCUCUUGAAUCUCACACCUUUCAUGGGGUGUAGGGCGCGAUGAUUGUUUGCCGCAGGUGCGGCGACCAUCAGAUGGCCGAGAUGAUAUCGACACAUGCCUCGAUGUCAUUCCGGCUAUCGGAUGCUCGCCGCACCUCUGCAUCCACGGCAGAGGAUUUUCUUCGUGGGGUGUAUGAGUCUUUUCCUCAUAACCCGGACAGCAGUAGUAACUGAAAGUCUAAUCAAUAAAGAAAUGGCUUCCUUCGCUCCCUACUCUCAUAGGACCCACUUUAGAAUGUGGAAGCCACACCAUAAGUGGGUGAGUUUACCAUGUGAGGAGAGGAUCGUCCAUGGAACCCUUUUUUUUUUCCCCCUGCACAUAGUUCUCAACGCAAACGCAUGCAGUUCUGUUUACUACAAAACUAACCAUCUGAAGCGAGAAAGAACAAUAGAUGUAACCGGGCCCUUUGCCUCUUGGCUCUUACACAUGAAUAUCAAGAACUGGGCUUUGCCACGCUUGGAAAAAGUGAACCACCAAUCUUUGUCUCUCUAUAGAUUCUCCUGAACCUAUCCUCUACCACCAAUGUUCUGUGUAACCUGUUUCCCCCCUCUGCUAUUCUUUAGCAAAAUUUCAUGAAAACCACCUUCCAGUAACCGUGUGUCCAUAGAGUUCAUCAGUUGCAUCUUUAAUCUACUAAUUUAACGUUUAUCCAUGUUUGCUUAAUGCAUUAACCAUGGUUUCUAUAACGUUAUAAAUACUGCUCUUGCAUAGUUCCUUUCUCUCUCUGUCUCUCUCUAUCUCUAGUGCACUCUUUGCACUAAAGGAUUAAUUCAAGAUUCAGGUUUUGUUUCACUUAAUUCAUUUCAGCCAUGGAUUCUAUAGUUAUUUCCCGUCUGUUUCUCUAUUAUUUCCUCAGUAAUUUCAUUAAAAUUGCUUAGUUAUUGUACUAAACAAGACUUUAAAUUGUUUCUUUAUAUCAUUAAAUCUGUUCGGAUUUUCUUGAUUUUUGGAGAAUUUUUAUUUUCUGAGGGGUGAAGAUGUUCAAGGGAAUCAACCACCCAGGAUUUCUGAAUUUGCCCAACCCGGAAGCAAAUCACUCAACAGAUUGGACUGAGUCAAUGUGUCAUUCGGACGAUUUCCGCAUGUAUGUCUUCAAGAUCAAGAAAUGUCCAAGAACCAGAAGCCAUGACUGGACCUCUUGCCCAUUCGCACACCGUGGCGAGAAGGCGUGGCGUCGUGAUCCAUGUAGAUUCAACUACGCUGCCAUUGCAUGCCCUGAGUUCCGAAAUGGGAAGUGUCCGAAAGGCGACUCAUGCGAGUUCGCUCAUGGGAUAUUCGAGUUCUGGCUCCAUCCUGCAAAGUACCGUACGCGUUCAUGUAAUGCCGGAAAGUAUUGCCAGAGAAAGGUGUGCUUCUUUGCACAUGCACCGGAACAGCUCAGGUCGGCGUGGAAACAGAAGCGUCGUUACAGGGUUCGCUUGGGUGGAGGAACGGAGAACACGAGUUGUGGAUUUGUUGGUGAAGAGAGUAGUACUGGAUCGAGCUCACCACCUGCAACUAUGGGGAUGAGAGAUGGAAUUUUGAAGGAAGAUUGGGAUGUUUCGGAAAAAUUGGGGAUGUUCAAGAUUAAAGAUAAGGAGGAGAAGGAAGACGAUACAGGGGAAGGGAGUAUCGGUAAUGGUGACGUACCGGAUUUCCCUAGUAUUGAUUGGAUUACAGAGCUGGUGAACUGAAGGUGAGAUGUGAGAGAAGCAUAUCCGGGAAUUUAUUCUGCAUGAAUGGCGUCUCUCUUUCUCUCUAGAUUUGUAUGUCAAAGAGAAAAGAAAUAAAAAUAACAUGUGUGUACCUACUGCCAAAUCUUAAGAAAUAUAUGCCAAUGAUUCUCUCAUGGUCUC